GGGGGAGGUACUCAUGUUCCUGAGACAGUUUCAUUCAAUUGUUUGUACUUUCCACUGUGUAGAAAGAGUCGAUUUAAGUAAUUACAGAAGUACAGCUAUUCCUGGAUCCUCACAAUGACAUAUGUUUACUUUCUUGGGUUCUUUAUACUAUGCCUUAAAAUGGAUACGUCUUUACAACAGGAAGAGAUAAUAUGUACAGCACCCGAGAUUGAAAAUGGUGAAGUGCUUGAAGAAAUCCAAGAGUACAAAGAACAUCAAGUCCUGGAGUUUCAGUGUGAUCCCUCAUUUACACCUGCUGAUGCCAGAUCUCCAAAAUGCACAAAGCAUGGAGUAAGAGCAGAAUGGAGCCCCACACCUCUGUGUGAACCAAUAACAUGUAAACUACAACUGCCAGGGCUGAAAGGAACCAGCUAUGAACCUGCUUAUAGAAACAUGUUUCUAGCUGGUGAACAAGUGACAGUAAAUUGUGGAAACAACCACUGGAUUUUUAGUCAUCAACAGGUCUCAGUAGUAACUACAUGCAAAGAGGACGGAGAGUGGACUAUCACACCUGAAUGCCAAGAGGUUACGUGCAGCAAACGAGGAGUCCCACAUGUGUCUUGGGACAGUCGUUGGCAGCUAACAUUGAAAUCGGGUGAGAUGACACGUUAUGGGUGCGCGAGAGGCUACAGGAGGAAAGAUGACAGGAACGACAUGGCCACAUGCACCCGAGAUGGAUGGCACCCAAAUCCACUUUGUCAAGUGAUAGCAUGCCCUCAGCCGGGUUACCCGAAUGCAGGCAUUGUUGGAAUCGACCUGGAAGAAUAUGAAUACAAGGACAAAGUCAGGUUUAUUUGCAACAACGGUUACGAGGGAGAAUUCACUGUAACCUGUGGGGUUAACGGUUGGAGCAGAGGUUUGCAAUGUACAGAAAGACGGUGCGAGAAACCUCACAUCGACGAUGCAAACUUUAUCGGCGAUGUAAGUGAAAGUUACAGGCAAAAUGAUCACAUCCAGUAUACGUGCAAGAACAACGUUGACAUAAUUGUUACUCUUACCUGUGAAGAAAAUGGUUGGAAUGAGACUCAGAGCUGUUCAGAAGUUCUAGGUUGUGGCACAGCACCAAUCAUUGCUGAUGGAGACCUCAAGUACGCCAGGAAAAGUAAUAACAGCCAUAAUGAAAUGGUUGAAUACAUGUGCCAGGCAUACUACACCAUGGAGGGAGAGCCUUACAAAACCUGCGUCAAUGGUGUAUGGACUGGACACAUGAGAUGCAUCCAACCCUGUACCGUGAAUGAAGACGACAAUAGACAACAUAACAUUACAUUUAAAUAUAAUGGCAGUACAUAUUUCACUCAUGAUGAAAUAAUUGGGUUUAGGUGUGCCAGAGGAAUACCUGUUGGUUCAGUAUCAUUACUUCAGAGGUGUAAUAGUGGUGUUAUUGUCUUGCCUACUUGCCAAGAGUUUUAGCCAACAGUAGAUCAAAGUAAAAAACGGAUUAUGCAGAGUUAUGAACUGAUUCCGUCUCCUCUUUGAUGUUGUCAACUGUAUAAAUGUUAAAACAUA